GAACCAAAUCGCCAAGGCGUAGCCGUUCCCCACGUAGAAGGGAUAAUGUUUCAGUAACUGUGGAACAACCAAAAACUGUAGUAACGCUUACUGAGCAACCAUUUACUCAAAAUGAAGCUAGAGAACGCUCCCCUAGCCGCGACACUACUAAACAAGGAACAAACCUCAGCGUUGCGGGUAAAGUCCGUGGCCGUUCCCCAAGCCCGAUGUGGAUACCUGGACAAACGUCAUAUGCCGAAAUUCUGAGGGGGCAAUCUCGUUCAUCCUCGGAGAAAGAAAUACUGCCCCAGAAAGACAUCCUACUGAAACGAACGCAUGAGGAAGCACCGAGUGUUGAAAUUGCUUUAGAAGAAGUUUCAAAUGAACCAGCUUUUAAAGAAAUACCGACAUCUAUGAGUGAGGACCACUUGGAUGUUCCAAGCCAACCGACUGUAGAUUUUGAAGAUGUUCAAGAAACUCGAUUUGGGUUAACCCCUGAAACUCACGAAUGGGAUCACUACACCCAAAACGCAUUCGGUCAAAGUCAUUUCGGCACGAAUGGAGUUCAACAGAACUACUACACACAGCACGUUCAACCUAAUGUUAUGGACUAUAUCCAACCGUUGCCAGAUAUGGUGAACUUUAUCGCUUCAGGGCAACAACUGAUGAGCUCCGGCUUGGGAACGUAUCACAGUUCGCCACAAUAUCCCGUCAUUGAAGAACAAGUUCCCUUAGAAUAUGUCGGAACUGAAUACAAUCAAACCCUCUCUGCGGAGAUUCUCGAGGUUGUUCCGAAAACAGUAAAACCCAGCGACGAAGAACUGGUCCUUGAACCACCAACGCAAACAACAAAUACCGUCGCCACUGGUUCUCAUUUCUCGUACGCAAAAAUUUUGUCUCAGGGACUGGGCACAAAGUCUCUUCAGCCAUCCAGUUUAGCAACAGUGCAACCUCCGAACGCUCGACCCGCUCUCAGACAAAAGUCUCCUGUGCAUGGCCGGUCCAUGUUGAAGGAAGAUGCCGAGUCUCAUUCGAGGGAGCACGAUACGCGCAAGAUUAUGAAGGACGAUUCUCAUCAAGAGAGAAUCCCCGAUGUUGUCCCAAGGCAACAUAAAAAGACAUAUGAACGAUCCCGUCAUAUCGAUAUUGAAAGAGUUCAGCUGCCGAGCAGCCAUGGAGAGCCUACUACGGUAGGAGGCUACGAGGCAGACGGACUUUCCUCAACGCAAGACUUGAAAUAUUUUAGUGAUAGAGAUGCCUCCCCAUAUACAGAUAAGAGUGUGAAAAAACGUAAAUUUAAGAAACGAGCAGAAGAACCAACAGAAGAAUAUUCGGCUGGACAAAAAUCCAGUUAUCCUAAAGAUGCCGAAUCGAAUAAUUCGUCACAUACUAAACGCAUAACUAUUGUGAAAACGAAAACGACAACUACGAUAAAACCUGACGAAGAGAAAGGCAAAGACAAAGUAAAGAAGCAAAUCGUUGGGAAAAUCGAUGACAAAAAUGUCACCCAUAGAGAACCCAAGGAAAAGCUUAAAGGAGAAUCAGGAGUUUCAGCAUGGAUCCCAACUACUACUGAAAUGGCCAUUUCUCAUGCUAGAACCAUCGAUCAAGACGAUAUAGAGAAUUCUGAUUCCUCAGCAGUCGAUAUAAAUGUCCUAUCCAAUGAAAAGGAACGUACUUCGGACACUCAUAAAGAAAAGAAAAAGACGAAAAAGAAGUCGAAAAAACCCAAAAGCGAUAAAAUCACGCCAGCUUUCGUCAUUGAAGAAGUUAUCAGACAUAUUCCUGACGAGGAAGAUCAUAAGGAUACACCUGAUUUCAGAGUUCCAAAGCCAGUGAAAAAAAGUAAAAAACGGAAGGGAAGCAGUGAAAAGGAGAACACUAUCAGUUUGAUUCACGAAGAAAAAAUGAGUCAACCAGCAGAAGAAGUGAUUGCAUCUGAUGAAAUGAUAACAGUCAAAACUAUUUCAAAUGAAUCUUUUGACAACAAAAAUGGCGUAACUGCUUUCAUCGAAAGUGAAAUCAGUGAUCAAUCAGUUACCGAAAAUAUAGCUGUCACAGCAGAAUCCAAAGUGAAAAGCACAACGUCGAUUAUAGAAAAUCAAACAGAAGAUGCCUUGGACUUGGUUAUGACCGACUCAACUGAAGAAAUUAAUACCAGAUUUGAAAUUAAAUCAGCAGUAGACGUAACGUCAGUAAUUGACGAGGAAAAAACUGAAUCACAGUUGAUUCCAGUUAAGCCUUCAGGGCAAGAAGCAGAAAUUAACGAGCCGAAUUUGAAAAGUAAUGAAAACCUAGAAAAACAAGCAGAUAAAAAGUCUAGAAAAAAGAAGAGUAAGAAAAAACAAUCCGUGAAAAACGAAGGUGAUGAAAUUGAGGUGAAAGAAACUAAGAUUAAUGUUGAAGACAAACUUACAACUACCGAAACAAAAAAUCUAUACGAAAUAGAUAUCGAAAAACAGGUAAUGGACGAUAACGCUGUUGAGGAACCUAAAAAAUCAAAGAAGAAAAAACACAAGAAAAAAACCCAGAAUAACGAGAAAAAUCUACUAGAGGUAGUUCCUGAUGAAGAAAACACAGAGAACAUUGGAGAAAAAACUAUCGAAUCCACUGUAGGCUCAAUCAUCUCAGAACAGAUUGCUCUUGACGAUACUACUACUACAGCCGAAAUCUUAGAUAUUAAAGAGGACCAAAAAUUGAAAGAGUAUGUUAGAUCAGAAACAUCAGAAAAUAUUAUCGACAAUCGGGAAAUAAUUUUGUCUGGUCCACAACCAGAUGACCCAUGUAGUCCUACUAAGAAAAAUGCAACAAUCGAUGUAAUAAAAACUUCUUCAGAUAUAAAGGAAGAUCAAGAACCUACUGAUAUUAUUAAAACACCAAUUAACUCUAAAAGUACAGCAACGAAUGAGAUUAUUACUGUAACAACACAAAUCUCAGAAUUGAAAAAUGACGUAAAUAUAGAUCGUAAACUAAUUGAUGACAUUAUUUCAGAAAAUGAAAUUGCCAAAGAUAGGGUUGUUGAAUUAGCAGAAGUAAAAGUAAACGUAGACAGUACCCUAGAAGAUGUAGACAUGAUCUCGGAUAUCUCAGAGACUUCUGCUCCGAAAGAUGUUGUUAUCGAAAGUGAAAUGAAAGUGGAUUUAAAUGAUCAAGAAACUAUCUCAUCUAACAUACAACCUAAUGUCUCAGAAUUUUCUGUUAUUAAUGAAACUGCUGUCGAAAUUUGGGAUGUACAAAAAGUAGUAAAUGAAAAGUGUUUUAAAGAAUGUCUGGAAACGAUUUCAUCUAUCGCAAAACCAGAUAUCCCAGAAAAUUCCGUUGUAACUGACAUUUCCCAUAUCGAAGACGAUACACUGAGGAACCAGAUCACUAUUGAAUCUACCUUACCAGCAGAUACCUCCGAAAAAAUAAUUGAGAAAUCCAAUUCGGUUAUAGAAACUGAACUCGAAGUUGAUGUAGAUAGUAUUGUAGAGGAAACAACCCUCGAGUCUAUUGCACAAACAGCUCCUUCAGAAAGUUUCUCUUCAGAAGAUACAUCUGUUAAUACUUCCGUCAGUACUUCACAAAAUGAAAUAGUUAACACUGAUCACAGAAUCGAACAAGUGAAAAAUAUCAUAACUUCUGUUAUGAACACAACCAAAAACGAAGAUAUCACGAUAUCUGGAAAUGAACAGUCACCAGAUUUCAGUUCCAUACAACCAACAUCUCAACAAUCAUCCAAAUCAUCGGAGGAUAUUUCCGAAAAUCAAGUACGCCUGGCCGGAGACUCUCUUAGGAACAAACCGAAUUCUUCUAUUUCAGCGACGAAGACAAAUAAGGUUAUUUUGAUAACACACGAAGAGUUUAGAAUGAAACCCAUUGUUUCUCUGAAGAUGGAAUUUUUCGAAACUCCCGUAGAGCAAAUUCACUAUAUCGAUAAAGGAAGAACGGAAGAAAUGAAUAUGAACAGCACAGAAACUGAAAUAGUUGGGAAACAAGUCGGACAAUCUACUGAAGAAGGAAACCUUUCGAAUGAUAUUGAAAAAGAGAAAAUAGAGUAUUUAGAAAAAAUUGAGAAUAAUUCAAAGAGUGUCAAGGAAAUAAAAACUGUAAAUGAAAUGGACACUGAGAAAAAGAGUGAAUCAGUGGCAACUGAAUUCAUAGAAUUGAAUCCAACUACAGUUUCCACAGAGUUUGAAGAAACAGAAUUUGAAAUCGGCACCAAAGAAGAAACUGAUAAAUCGAAUCUACUAGUAGAGAGUAAGUACGUUGAAUUUGAUGCACCGGAUGAAAAAAUUAAAGAAAACAAAGUCAAUAUCAGUGAAAGUUUCAUAAAACACGAAAGAACGAGUAUUUCAAGCGAAGAAGAGACGUGGACAAUUCUGGAUUCGAAUGUAGAUGAAAAAGAGGACACUGAAGAUGAUGUCGAAAAAAAUAAAAAUGCAUCUGAUUCUUUUGAUUUCAUUGAGAUGGAACAAGUUAUAUUCGGCUCAGUGAAGGAACGCCCAAAAAAAAUUGUCACGGAAAUAUAUCGCUCCAAAGAAAUUGAAGAACUACCAGAGAUCAUUACUAAUGAAGAGAGUAAACCUGGAUUGGAUAAGCUCGAAACAGAAAAAAAAUGUCAAGGUAUGCCCUUAAGUAUUUCAUUCGAAAGUGAACAGCCCCUAAAAGAUGAUCACAUUUCUGACUUUGACAUUGAAUGUCAGAAAACGUCAGUGUCGAGAUCUGAUUCUGUAAUUGACACCGAAAUCAAAACUAUUGAAGACGUAAUGAAUAUUUUGGAAUCGAAAAAAUCCAGAGAAAUCACUAGUGUAACAAUCACAAAGACAGAAUCUGUAGAUGAUGAUUUGUAUAUCAUGAAUGAGGAAGAUGUAUCUAAUGAUGAGAAGGAAGACCAUAAACCUGAAUUGGAUCCCAAAGGUUUGCCAAUCGAUGAAAAACUUGAUGUUAUCGAUGAUCAUAUCGUGAUCUCCGACGAAGAAUUGGUGGAGAAUAAUAUUGAACCAGUCAGAAGUAUACCAGUUGCUGAUUUUGGAACGAAAUCAUGGGUUGAAUUCGUAGAGGGUUCUGACUCAACAGACACGAUCAGCCAGGCGACACAAGAACGAUUGAAUAAAACUCAAGAUAGUGCUUCAACUACUAUUUCCAAAAAAGAUACCUCAGAAGGUCAAGAGAUAACUGAAGUUGUCGAUAUUUUAUCCCAGCUCAAACAAGAAACUCUAUCAAAAUAUAAACCAGACCUUGCUUCUAUACCUGAUACACAACCGAAACAUUUGCCCGCGUGGCUGAAUCUACCCACAGUAAUCAGAGAUUAUCCAGAAAAUGACACCACUGAUAAGAAGAACAAAGUCAUCGAAGAAAUAAUAUCAGAAACCCAAAUCAUUUCACCAGCUGUCGAGACGCCAAUACGAAAAACCAGUGAAACGUUUAUUGAGGAAGAAAAACGGCAUUCCAAAAGUGAUAUCGUAGGUAACAUAAAAGUCGUAGCUGAACAAAUUGAGCCAACUGAAGAAUCAGUUCCCAAAGAAACAAAACAAAAUGAUUUUGACAAUAACAAGCAGGAAGUGAAAGAAAACAUCCAAACCAUUGUUGCGAGGCCUUUAUCUCCUGAAAAACCAUUGCCUGAAAUAAGCUAUUUAGAAGCAACAGAACCAGUUAUGAAACCUGUUUCAUCGUUCCAAGAUAUUGAAGAAGAGGAAAGUGUUGAAGAUAUGCUGAUAAAAUUGAAAGAAGAAACUCUCAAAAAGUACCGUGAACAAACAAAUUCGAAAGACUAUCAGGAAAAUAAAAGUGUAGUUCAUGAAUCAGAGAAAAAAACUCAAAAUAAUGAUUCUCACCAAACCAAAGCAGAAAAACCUAAGAAAGGUAAAAAAAAGAACAAGAAGAGAAAAUCUGUAUCUUUCGAAGAAACCCCUCAAAUUAUAAACAUCGAAGAACAUGUACAAGUCCCUCCGGAUGUUUCGGAAGAUGAUACUGAAACUGCCGAAGAGUUUAUUUUCAUUCAAGGCACAAACAGAAAUCAGGAGGAGGUACUGGAACCCAUUUCUGAAGUAAUCCCACAGUCUGAGAUGCUCGAUUCCACCAUUAUCUCAGAAAACACUACUGAAUCUGAAGAUGGCUCUCAGUGGGUAAAAGUCAAUUCUGUAGAGGAAAAAGAAGAAACAAAAUCAAAAGCUACAGUAUAUGAAGGUUUACCGAUAGAUAACAGCAUGAAUAUAUUCGAAAUAUUAGAUUCAGCCAUUAUAAUUUCAGAUGACGAAGAAUCAACUGAAAAUAAAGCUGAGCUCUCAACAUUCUCUCAAGAUUUUCCUGAAAUUGAUUCCAAAUCCACUGUUCCUUCUAUUAUGAUUGGACCAGUGUCAGUGGACCAAACUGUAGAAAAUUCAGAUACAAUCGAAAUGUCAACCUCAGAAUUCAUCAAUGCGGAAAAAUAUGCAAUUAUUGAGGAAUAUCAGAAAACUGAAAGUGACAAUUCGAAUGAAAUUGCUUCAGAAGAACCUAGGCUACUAACUGAACUGAGUAGAGAGAUUCCGACUGAAAGUUUGUCAUUUGUUAUUUCACCUUGUACAAAUGAUACCAAUGAAUCCCUUGCGAAUUCAACUGAAGUAAUUCAGGAAGUAGCAGAAGGAAAGAAAGAGGAACCUAUGAAAGAUACUGAAGAAACCAGAAGGAAGAAGAAAAAAUCAAAGAAGAAGAAAGAACCAACAUUCGAUAGUAAAAAUGAUGAAGAUGUGAAAGACCUUUCAGAAAAAGUAAAUGAACAAAUCACAAGAAUUGAAAGUGAACAACCUCUCAGUAAAUCUUGGGCUGAAAUCGUUGCCAAAAAUACUGAAGGACGAGAUAAUAAUUUAAACACAACUGAAGUCAAAUCAGAUCUUGUUAAAGAAUCGGAAGAAGAUGUUUCUCAAGUGCAAGUACCUGUGGAUAAAAAAUACAAAAGAACGGAACUGUCUGAAGAAUUUCUUUCAGAAGAGAGAAAGUACACUUCGAUUGAGAAACAACAUAAAGAAGUAGUCGAAGCAACUUCUCCAAAACCUAAUAACCAACAAAGGGCAGAAGCUGAAGUGUCUAUUGAGAUAGUAGAAGACUUGAAUAAAACUUGUGAUGAAAUACAAUUCCCAUCUGAAGUUCGUAACUUACCGACAUCCUGGGCAGAAGUUGUCAGCAAAUCAUCUUCAGUCGAAGAAAAAUACCCAUCUCAGGAUCAAUACAGUACAUUUGUUGAAACGAAAACGAAAAGUAAUAUACCCGCUGAUACUGGUGAACAAGGGAAGAAAGAAGAUGAAGAGAAACACCAUUCAGAAUCUCACGAAGAAGCAGUUAUUGAAGAUUCUGAAAAUACUUCUCUAACUGAUGCAGUUGAUGAACUCUCGGAGAAUAUAAAUAUCGAAAAGUUGUCAUCAGGAAAAGAAAACAAAGAAUUUAGUUGGGCAAAAAUUGUUGGAACAUCAUCUUGUCUGGAAAAAAAUUUGCCAUUUGAAUCAGAUGAGAGAGAAAAUCUAAGUGAACAUUCGGAUGAAGUGGAUCACACACAACCAGAAAUUGAUGUAGGAGGAAAACUGAUAUCUAAAUCAGAACAGACAGAUCAUCUUUCGCAAAAAGAGACUAUGGUUGACACUACUGAAUUAGAUAGAGAAAGUAAGGAAAAUGCUAAUACUGAUAUCACAAAACCUAAGAAGAAGAAGCAUAAGAGAAAACAUCAUCAUGAAAAGCAAAUGGAUUCGAAUAUUGAAAAUAUUGAAAGUAGUUCUGUUUCAGAAAAGAUUGAACAAACCACAGAAAUUAAACAAUAUGUUGAAGAUGAAAGCGUAAAACUGUGUGUAUCUGAGAACAAAGAUAGUGUCGGAAGUAUUUCGUUAGUCAAAACAUUCGAUCAUGUAACAGAAACCGAACAUAAAAAACCUAAAAUCAUUAGUAUUUCAUCUUCACCUGAACUGGAGCAAAUCGAUCAUCCGCAAAAAGAACACACUCCUAUUGGUGAAAACAUAAAAGAUGGUGAUGAAGUAUGUGUUGUUGAUACCACAAAAUCUACAAAGAAGAAACAUAAAAAGAAGCAACACCGCGCAAAUCAAAUCGAUUCACAAAUUGACAAAGUUGACAAUAUUAGCUAUAUUCAUACUACUGAAACAGAGGAACUGGUUACUGAAAUCGAAACAGAAAAAUAUGUUGAACAGAAAACUGAGUCUUUAUCUGAAGACGGGGAUACUUCUGUUGCUACUUGUGAAAUGAGGAAAGAUAACAAUGAAGUUACUGACACUGAUACCACAAUACGUACAAAGAAAAAACAUAAGAAGAAGCACAAUCGGGAACAUGAACUCCAAUCACAAAUUGAGAAAUUCGAGAUUACAGAAAAUUAUUCUGUUAGUAAAACUUUGGAACAAGUAACAGAAAUCUCAGCUGAAAAGUGUUUCGAUACGGAAAAUAAAGAUUCCACUUGGGCACAGAUUGUUGGCAAGUCUCCACCCGACGAAAAACGUUUGUCCGAAAUAAAAGAAUCAGAGGAGAAAGUUGAAAAUGCCCCCACAACUGUAGAAACUGAAGGCUUAAAUGAUGAAAUCGUUGUGGUAGAUUCCAUCAAACCUACAAAGAAAAAACAUAAGAAAAAACAUCAUCGUGAAAAUCAAAGUGAACCUUCCAUCGAGCCAAAAGAUAAUAUUGAAACCAAAACUGAAGAAUUUUCAAAUGUAGCGACCGAAUCCGAAACCCAAAAUAAAGAUUUCACUUGGGCAGAAAUUGUUGGCAAAUCAACUUCACCUGAAGGAAGGCAUCAGAUUGAAGAAGAUCAGAUUCUACCUCAACCAAAAGAAGAAACAGUCGUCACACCUGCUGAGAUAACUGAAAUUGACAUAACUAAACAUUCAAAGAAGAAACAGGAGAAGAAACACCAUCAAGAAACACAAAAUGAAGGUCCCACUGAACGAAUCGGCCAAGUAGUAGGAAUAGAUGAAGACAAAAUUGUGAAAUCUCCAAGUCCAAACAAAGAUUCCUGUUUCCACUUCAUCGAAGUUGAAAGAGGAGUUCUACCCUCCAGACAAACUUUUGAUGACUUUUACGACAAAGGUCAAACUAAAUCUAAACUGAAAAGUAAGAAACAUGCAGAACCAGAAUCUGCGGAUGACCAAGUUCUUUCUGAUCUGAACACAACAGAGGUAAACCAAGAAAUUAGGGAAAAUGAAGAUACGAAAACCGAUAAGAAACAGAAGAAGAAGAAACACAAGAAGAAAAAGUCUCAAGAAGAAACAGCCGAUGAUAAAGUAUCUGAGACAGUCGAAUAUCUGAAUGAAAAUGUAUUUGUAGAUACCACCGAAAAAUCAAACAUAAAUAUUACCCUGGAGAUUUCAGCAGAUAUUCCAAAAGAGGAAAGAUUGGAAGUAGAGAAAGAAUGUAUCGAAACUGAAGGGAGACAAGUAGUAAAUGAGAACGAAACCAAGAGUUCAAAGAAAAAGAAACACAAAAAGAAACCAAUGAAGGAAACAAAGAAGGACGUACUUCUCAGCCCUGAAGAAGUGGACCGUCACGAAUUGGUAUCUGAGGAAUCUAAUUUGAAAACUCAUGAUAUAGUAGAAACUACAGAGAAAGAUUCAAUCAAAUUGUAUGAGUCUGUUACACAAUCUUCCAAAUCAUGGGCUGAUGUGGUUAAUUCGAAUUUGACACAAACGCCUGCUGCAAAAACAAUUGAGGAAACUGUUAAGGAAGAAAUUGUUAAUCUUCCUUGCGAUAUUAUCACAAAUGAAACGGAAAACGAUACAGAAGUGAAAAAGUCUAAAAAGAAAAAACAUAAAAAGAAGCACGAACCCGUUGAUGAGGAAAAGAAACUUGCCUUCGAAAUCACUGAGCAGAUUCGGCAUAUCUCAGAACUAUCUAUUUCAAGGCCGAAUAAAAUAGACAAGGAGAAACAAACUUCGGAAAAAGAACUGGACGAAGCCGAAGCAGUAGAUACUGUUUCUGAAAAUGUAGUAAUUGACAAAACCGAAACAGAGUCGAUAAACACUAAAUUUAUUGUAGAAGAACAAUCCAACACUUUUGAGCCCAUUGAACUAGUUCAAAUGAGGUCGAUAGAAGACGAACCUAAGUCAUGCAUUGACAUAGAUCGACAGACAGAGGCAGAUAUACAAGAAAUGAUUUCGAAGGUUAUUGAAAGCGAAGGCUCGACGAGUAUUUCAAUAGAAACAGAAAUAUCUGAGCCCACAAAACAAAUAUUCGAUAAACAAGUUAUUCCAGCACCAAUUGUUGAAGGAGGGGUUUCCACUAGAGUAGAAUACAAGGGGCUACCAAUAGACAAAUCUACAUAUCUGGUUGUUGAUGAACCUAAAACACUUUUGGAUGUCAGUGAUCAAACUGAUGAGGACAAAAUCAUAAACGAAAAAAUUGUGACUGAACCCUUAACAAUAGAGCAUACUGUCACGAUAGUAGAUUACGAAUAUUCCAAAGAAAAUCUGAAAGAAUCACCUGAAAGUAUCUCACCAGAAAAGAUCAAAAUAGAAUACAAAGGACUGCCUGUGGACAAAAACACUGAGAUGUUCCUAGAUAUUUUAGAUGAACCCAUAGAGUUUUCUGAUGAUGAAGAACAGCAAACUCUCGAAAGAAAAGAAAGUUUUGACGUUUCAAAUGAAAAACAUUUAUUCACAGAAAGCAAAGAAUCUACUUUCAUUUUGCCAACAACAGAACAGUCUGAAAAUAUGAAAUUUAUAUCAGAAGAGCAAAUAAGCUCUGAAAGAGAACCUAAAGUGAAAGUUGAGUAUAAAGGUCUUCCUAUUGACAAAUCCACAGAGAUGUUUUUGGAUAUUUUAGAUGAACCUUUAGAGUUCUCCGACGAUGAGGAGCAGCAAGUUGUAGAAAGUAAAGAAAUUGAAAAUAUUUCAGAUGAAAAAGAAUUACUCGCAGAUAUCAAAGAAUCUUCAGUAAUUUCAUCAAAGACCGAACCAGUUGAAAAUACGAAAGACUUAUCAGAAGAAACAAUAAACCCACAAAAGGAAUAUACAGUUGAAGUUGAUUCUCAAGUCAAACUUACGGAAAUUUCUAUUCGACCUAAGGAAAUUCAGAAAAAAGAUGAAGUAGAACUAUUUUCAUCUGAGGAAUUAGAAGUUUUGAAUACUUCUGUUGAACCUGCUGAUAAAGAUACACAAUUUGAAAACACGAAAGACUCUGAGGAUGAGAAAGAUUUAAAGAAAAAUCUGGAGAAACCCUCUGAUAAUAUAACACAAGAAAAGUCCAAAGAAUAUAAAGGUCUCCCUGUUGACAAAUCAACAGAGAUGUUUUUGGAUAUUUUAGAUGAACCCAUAGAAUUCUCCGAUGAUGAAGAACAGCGAACUUCCGAAAGAAAAGAGAGUUUGGACAUUUCAAAUCAAAAACAUCAAUUCACAGAAAGCAAAGAAUCUACUUUCAUUUUGCCAAUAACAGUACAGCCUGAAAGUAUGAAAUUCAUAUUAGAAGAGCAAAUAAGCUCUGAAAAAGAACAUGAAGUGAAAGUUGAGUAUAAAGGUCUUCCUGUUGACAAAUCCACAGAGAUGUUCUUGGAUAUUUUAGAUGAACCCAUAGAGUUCUCCGAUGAUGAGGAGCAUCAAGUUGUGGAAAGUAAAAAAAUUGAAAACAUUUCAGAUGAAAAAGGAUUACUUCCAGAUAUCACGGAAUCUUCAGUCAUUUUAUCAAUAACGGAACCAGCUGAAAAAAGGAGAGAUUUAUCAGAAGUAACAAUAAUUCCACAAAAGGGUAAUACUGGUGAAGUUGAUACUCAAGUCCAACUUUCGAAAAUUUCUAUUCGACCUGAGGAAAUUUAUGAAAAAGAAGAAAAUGAUUCGUUUUCACCUGAACAAUUGAAUGUUUUGAAUAUUUCUGUUGAACCGGCGAAUGAAGACACAACAUUUGAAACCAAGAAAGACUCUGAGGAUGAUAAAGAUUCGAAGACAAAUCUAGAGAAAUAUUCUGAUAAUACUGCACAAGAAAAGUCCAAAGUAGAAUAUAAAGGUCUCCCAGUUGACAAAUCGACAGAAAUGUUUUUGGGUAUUUUAGAUGAACCUAUCGAGUUCUCAGAUGAUGAAGAACAACAAGUUGUGGAAAGCAAAGAAGUUGAAAACAUUCCAGAUAAAAGCAAUGUGCUUGCAGAUGACAUAGAAUCUAAACUCAUUUCACCGAUAACAGAACCAGAUGAAAGUACGAAAGUGUUAUUAGAAGAAACAAUUAGCCCAGAAAAGAAGUCCAAAGUAGAAUACAAAGGUCUUCCUGUUGACAAAUCUACAGAGAUGUUCUUGGAUAUUUUAGAUACACCUAUAGAGUUCUCAGAUGAUGAAGAACAACAAGAUGUCGAAAGCAAAAAAAUUAGCAAAAUUUCAGAUGAGAAUGUAUCAUCCGCAAAUAUUGAGGAAACGACACAUAAUCUACCAGUAGUAGAAACAUCUGAAAGUGCGAAACUGAUAUUUAAAGAGAAAAUUAGUUCAGAAAAAGAAUCUGAAAUAGAAUACGAAGUUCUUCCUAUUGACAAAUCCACGGAAAUGUUUCUUAAUAUUUUGGAUGAACCUCUAAAAAUAUCUGAUGAAGAACAAGAAGUUGCAAAUAUAGAAUAUAUUGACGUUUCGGAGGAGAGAGAAUCAAUUGUAGAAACUGAAGAUUCAUCGUUUGUCUUGUCCGCAACAGAAAUAUCUGACAGUACAAUCAUUAUUUCAGAAGAGAAUGUUAGCAGAGAAAUGGAACCCACAGAAAAAGUUGAAUAUAAAGGACUUCCCAUCGACAAGUCAACUGAAGAAUUCACUGAAGAAAUUAAUGAUCCUCCAACUCCAUUGUCCACAGAAUUUCCACUGUUAUUACCAACUUCUAAAGUUAAUGAUUCGAUGGAAAUGAUUUCACCUGAAAAUGAAUUAAUUGGUAUCAUUAACGAGAGUGCAAAAGAAGAUUCUGAACAGGGAGAACAGAAAACAGAAAAACAUGUUUCAGAAUUAAAUGCUGACGAUAUUCCCAAAUAUGAUAUCGUUGGAUUGAGGCAAGCUGAAGAUGAUUACUUUAUCAACACUCCAAAAUCGAAAGAGGCACCAAUGCCAAAGAAUACACAUGGAGAUAUUCCAAAAUGUGAUAUAUUGGAAAUGUCAGUACAAGACAGAGAAUAUUUUGAAAUAAAAUCUGAAACACUGGUGGAAGAGGAACAGAGUCCUAAAUAUGACGUGGUACAAUUUGUACAGUCUGAAAUAGAAUUUUAUGAAAAACAAUCCCUAGUUGAAAAAUUGGAAAAAUAUGACUCUGAUAUAUUGAAGUAUUCCGAAACACAAACAUCUUCGACUGGUAUUUCUUCUGAUUCAGAAACAAAAGAAUGCAUUGCCUCAAAAACUAAUAGUUCUAAUUUGGAUCUAUCAAAUGAAAAUGCAGAAAAAGAAAUAGAUAUUGAUAAUGAAAAUAAACAUUCUAACGAAAAAAUCGUAGAAGAUUUACAGAUUACAGAGCAAGUCACGAAUCUUAAUGUUCUGAGACUAGAAGAAAAUAUCGAAUCAAUAUCUGAAACUAGCACUCUUUCAAAUAUAGAAAAUAAACAUCACGACAAUGAAAUUCUUAAAUACGAUACCAUCGGUUUGAGGCAAGCAGAAGACGCUUACUUCAUCAAUAUCUCAAAGUUGAAAGAGCCCCUUGAUUCUUUCAGUAUCAUGAAAACUGAAGAAUUUCCAGAAGAAAAUAUAUUCAAAUAUGAUAUACUGCAAAUUUUGAAGCAAGAAGCCGAAUGGUAUGAACAAAUGAUCCCGUCUGAAAAAUUACAAGAAGCAGAAACUCAUAUUUUUGAAAGCGAUGUGCCUACAACUGAUGUUUCUUCUGAGUUGAAAACAACAAUAGACGUGACUCAGAGCUCAGAAAAUCUUGAAUUAGAUUUACUUCCUAGAAGUGUUGACGAUGAGUAUGAAAUUAUACCUUCUAACGAACAAUAUGCGGAAGAGAUAUCUCCAAAUCAAUCUGAAUACACUAUUAGGGAAUCAUACAGUAAGGAAUUUAUCAUUCAAAAAACUGAAGAAUCAGAUUCUAUAUCACUUACUUCAAAACCCGUUGAAAAAUAUUCAGAUAGUGUUGACGACAAGAACUUAGAUAUCCCAAUGUCACAUUCACUGGAAGAACAUUUCACAUCUAGAGUGAUAUCUGACCCCCAAACUACAAUUGGUUUCAUUUCCCAGGAAAUCAAUGAAAUUGAAGAUGAUAAAAUGUGUAUUGUUGAAGAGGUAACUGAAGAUGAAACUGAAGCAAUGAAGAUCGAAACAGAUGUUGCGAAAGAUACCGAAGAAAAAGGAAUUGACGAAGCUGUAGAACAAGAAACAUCAGAAAUAUGCCAAGUUGAAACGGAAAGUGGUGAUUUGACAGAGAAUACUCAUAUCAUUUCAGAACGAAAAGAUAAUAAAAUAUCAGAUUCUGUGAAAGAAUACUCGACGCCGAGAUCAAUUCAUGAUCAGCAAAUUACUGCUGGCUUCAUUCAUCAAGAAAUCAGUAAUAUUGAAGUUGAUGGAAUGAGUGCAGUUGAAGAAUUGAGAGAGUCUAUUGAUGAAACUCCAUCGAAGAUAACAGAAGAUGUUACUGAACAAUCAUCUGAAAUACGAGAACAAGAAGCAGGUGGUGAUGAUGAAGAUAUGAAGAUCGAAGAACAGGUGGUGAAACACUUCGAAGAAGAAAUUGUCGAAAGUGAAUAUCAAGAAACACACGAAAUAUGCAACGUUGAGACAGAAAAUGAUGAUUUGAAUAAGACAGCUCAUAUUAUUUCGAAACAAAAAUCAUGCGAUCAAGAAAAAUCGUCUGGAACUGAGACGUACUUUGACAAUGAAAAUUCUAAAGUAUCGGAAGCGUUGGGAGAAUAUUCACCUUUUCGAUCAGUUCGUGAUAACCAAACUAUUACGGACUUCAUUUCUCACGAAAUCAGUGAUAUUGGAGUACAUGAAGUGGCUACUGUUGGAAAUUUGGAAGUGUCCACCGAUGUUCAAGAACAUCAUAGAGGCAAUGACGGUAAACAAAUGAACAUUGAAAUAGAUAUUGAUGAAAACUUCGAAGAAAAAGAAAUUGAUAGAUCUAAGAGACAGAAAGCAGACGAAACAUGCCUUGGUGAAACGGGAAGUGGUGAUGUGACUGAGGAGUCUCAUACCAUCUCAGAACGAAAACCUCAUGAUGAAAUUAAAACAUCCGAGUUUGAGGCUUACGUAGACACAGCACCGGAGUUCGUUCCUAAAUUCGAAUCAGAGUACGAAACUUUGUCUGAGUUAUCAACAGAAGCUACAGAAUUUGUUCCCAAAUCGGAAUAUUCGCGACUGAAUCCGAACGCAGCGGAAUUUAUACCCGGUGCAGGAGAUCGAAGUUUACCUUCUCCAUACGUAGAAUACUCUGAAGGGUAUCACACUCCUCAGGAACACUACCAGGAUACUGCGCCGUGGGAAUAUACUAAACCCUCAUACGGAGACGACACUUCUCCUGAGCAAUACGACUCCGAAAUAGAAAUACCAUCGGACCAUGCAAGUAACUUGUGGGUUGAUGAAAUUCUCCAUGAACCUGCAGACGACUUUAUAAUCUCUACAGCUGAACAAACCGCAGCUCAGAUAGCUGAAACAAAGGCGGAAGAAAUCGCUCAGAAACAAUUAGAAGAGAGUCUGCUUCCAAAGGACGUUGUUUCGGAGCUUUCAAAUAGCGGAGUCCAAGAUUCAGCAUCAAUCUGUUGGGAGGAAGAACGCGAGAAUGAAGUUACUGGCGCUGGGGAAGAAACAUAUAAGAACAAAGAAAUCGAAAAUAAAGACCCAGAGAUACCAGUUUCGUCACUUACUAGCCAUGAAAUCUCAGAAUCCGAGUCCAUGUCUCAUCAACUCGUUACCGAAGAAAGAACGGCCGUCCAAGAGGAAAAACAGGUGAAUGUUUGGGAAGCUCUCAGAUCUGGAGAUAAAACAUAUGCUGAUAUCGUAGCCAGCAAUUUACGUGAAAAAGUCAAGCUUGAAAUAAUUUCACAACCUUUACCAAAGCAGGAGUUGAAACCAAACAUCGAAGUUAAAGUAACGGAGUCCGUGAAUGUGGAACCUUCGACUGUUGAAGUUGAUAAUGAAUGGCAGGUGAAGAGAAAGGGAAAGAAGUCACAUUCGAGAUCACGUUCAGAUCUAAGUGAGAUUCCCCAACCCUCUGAUAUUGCUAAAACAGAAGAGAUACGUGUUGACUCUCAUGGAAUUAAUAAAAGAAAAUCUCGAAAGCGCGAUAAAACUCCUCAUGAAAUAUCAAGGGUCGAUGCUGAACCGGCUGAGGUACAGCAUCAAUCUCCGAAUGAAACAGAAAGCUCAAUGGAUAAAUCUACUGAAUUCAAUACAUCAGAUGCUGUUUCUAUCGAAAUUGAGGGAAAAUCAAUUAGCGAAAAACAUGAAAGUACUCUUUCUGAGCAGAUCCAAUCUAAAUCCACAAAAGAGAUACAAUCUGAAAGUCUUGUAGUUGAAGAUAAAUCCGAAAAAAGGAAGAGGUCGAAAUCUAAAAAGAAAGAUAAAAAAUCUACCAUGGUGCCUCAGGACUCUAGCAAGGUUUCAGUUCUUUCUGAUAAACCAAUCAUAACAGAUCAUUUACCAUCUGAUCUGGACACUGUAAAACCUUCGAUAGUUACAAUUCAAGAAAAAACUCUUCAUUUCACAUAUGCUGAUAUUGCAAGAAGUGGUAGGAGCAGGGAAUCAUCACCUCACAUUGAGGUCAUUAAACCAAUUAUAGAGAAGAUAAAAUCCAAAGUGGUAAUAGAAAAAAGUGUAUCGGAGAAAGAUUAUCCGAGUGAAGAUACUACAGAAAAAGUAGAAGACAAAAUUUUCAAUUCUGAGUCCAAAUACAAUGAACCCACAGAAACACUUGAACAAGACAAAGAUUCGUCUCGAGAACCUGAAAGAGGUGAGUUAAGAAGUGUAGAAAGUACUAGUAUUGAGAGAAAUGAUAGAAGAGAAACAAUUAGCAAAGCUCCCGAUUCAGAAAAUUUCAUCAACGAAGAAGUCAAGGCAACAAUAUCAGAAAGUGAAGUCAAUUUGAAAUCGUAUGCUGAUAUUUUAGUGGAAAACCAAAGAAAAGUCACUAGAAAUGAUUUAUCUCCUCAGAAAUCCAAACCGUCUACGCCCUCCAAAUCUGUUGAUGUACAGAUUAUUGUUGUUGGUGAGGAUAAGCCAGAAUACGUUGCAGAAGUAGACUCUGAGGGUUUCAUUCCAUUUGCAAGACACAGAGAUCGAUCUCGAUCCCGUUCCAGAUCUGAGAGACACAAAAAGCCCGAGAAAAAGGAGAACUUGAAAGAAUUCACAAACGUCACUGACGUGGUUGAGGAAACAAAACAUACAGCAGUAACAACUGAUGUGGAAAAGGAAACCAUUGUGAGCUCACCUGUUAAAAGUUGGGCUUCCAUUGUGAAGGCGAACUCUGAAGAACCCAAACUAUCAAAGAAACAGGUUCAUGCAAUCGAUAUACCUUUGAGCUAUACAGAGGCAGCGGAAGGGCCUAUCGAAAAUCUAGAUACUGAAAAUAUUACGCAAGAUGUUGAUGAAACAACAGAGGUUGAUAAUAAACAAGAAAAUACCAGUGGAUUUUUCGGAAACUUGAUUGCAUCCGUGAAGAAAUCUGUUCGCGGGAAGAAAGACAUUAAUGAACCAACACUAGAAACUCCCAUUGAGAAGAAAAAGAAACAUAAAAGUAAGAAAAAUAAGAACCAAUACAUGGAGUCACAACCAACGGAAUCCGAACCUAAGGUAGAUUCAGAAAAAGAUGCAUCAGAAUUGUCUGAAAAAACAAUAUUGCGUAUUCCUGAAUCCAUUCAUCAAGAGAAAAUUUCGACUGUGGAUAUGUCAUCAGCAGAAAAGAAAACAGAAACAGUGAAAGAGGAACCGGUGAGUAAAGAUCAGAGUUUCAUUGGAAAUAUACUGUCGAAAGUCAGUCCUACUAAAAGAAGUAAGAAAGAUAAAAAAUCAAAGAGAGUGGUGAAAAUACCCGAUGAUAGUAAUGAAGAAUUGUCCAAAGAUGAAUCGAUUGAACCUAAAGUAUCACCUAUUGAAAAACUUGAAUCCACCGAGAAAUCACCUGAAAAAAUUAUAGAUAAAAUGCAGUACGAAAAAGAAAUUGAAUUGUCCGAAAAAAUUAUUACUACUAUCAAAAAUGAAUCUACUCAGGGGAACUUAAAUGAAUAUAUUCCAUCAGAUGGCGUAGAAGAUGACUCGCAAACACAUGAGAAAGAGUCACUCAAACUGAAUGAAAAUACCAAGGAACAUUUUAUUGAAGAGAACAUUGAAAUAGUAAAUGCAGGUAUCGAAGAGAAAUUUGUAGAAAUGAGACCUGAAAAACUUUUCGAACCAAUCUCAGAUUUGGUAACUUAUAAAGACGUUUUAGAUAAAGAUCAAUUCGAAAGAACUAAAACACUUGUCAGUCGAGAAAUUAAAAACGCCACAGAUGAAUUUUUAUCAGAAACGAGAAGAAUUGAGGAAACCCUCAGACAGGAUACAAUUGAAUCAAAACUUUCUCAAAUCACACAAGAUGAACAAAUCAGCGAAAGCAAAAACGAAGAAGUUGUGGAGAAUAUCGUUGAAGAACUAAAACAGGAGGGGGAGAUUGAACUGGUUGGACAAGAGGACUUUUCGUUGACGGUUCAAAACAAAACUGAAGAGUUUACACCCAAAGAAGAAACUCAAUUGUUCAAAGAGGUAUCGGUAACUGAUGAAGAAGUGGUAGAUGAUGAACUGAUAGCAAGGUCUGGAAAUGUACUUUUUGACGAUGGAAAAAAUUUGAGAUCUGGGUAUAAAAUUGCUACGCAAGAGUUUCUGUCAGAAUCAAGAGAAACCGAGCUACUCACAAGACCAGAUAUAGUUGAUGAAGUUUCAGUUAGGAAGAAGAAAGACAAAAAGAGAAAAGACUCACAAGGUGAAAGUGAUAAGAAAAAACCUGGUCUGAUCAAAUCUAUCGUUACUAGCAUUGUUGACAAAUUUUCGGGUAAGAAAUCUAAGAAAUCUGAUUCCAGUCAAGUAGAAGAUUUGGCCAGAAAUAUCGAUUUGGACGGGUCUUACUGGAUAACAAAAUGUUUGUAUGACGAAGCAGAAGAAAGUUGGUACUCUUAUUCACCUCGACAAGAUAUUGUAAUAGAAGAUUCUACGAUUGAACCAGAUACUGAAGACGAUUCAAUCGCUUUUGCUAAUAAUCUAGCUCUGGACGGUUCAUUUUGGAUAACCAAAUCUAUUUACGAUCAAGCUGAGGAAUUGUGGCAGAUAGAAAAAGCCCUCGCUAAUAAACUUCAAGCUGCAGGAGAUAGUAGAAAGUCGUCAGAAGAACCACCCGAUGGGGAUAGUGACUCAGAUGGUUCUAGCGGUAGGGGAUCGCCAGACAACAAACCUGACGGGGAAUCAUCUGAAACGUCGAUGCCCUCGUCGCAGUAUAUGAUGUACAGUUUACCCGGUGGCAUAGCCGGAUGGAGGGAGGAAAGUACUUACCUGGCUCCGGAGCCUUUAUCUAGUGAAAGUUCGCGAUACAGUACUAUUGCGGAUUCGGGCAUCUGCACUGUAAAAUCGGUUGAUGAGCAUUUAUCCGCGGCUAAAAGACUCUCUGAAAGUAUGGCUGAGGACGUUAUAAGCGAAGAAUCACCUUCACAACUUACUCCCGAUCUAGUUUCCUCCUUAGGGCCCCAAAUGCAGCCACCGACAGGUCCAGAGAUCAGCACUCCGGAUGCCGCCGAAAGGCUCAAGAAGGUGAAAUAUAAUUGUGUUAUCUGUUUGGGUUUUCAAUCAUUGUGCUUGUCUUCUGUUAACAUAGUCUUAAUUGUGAUAUUUCAUGUUUUUUGGGCACUAAUUUUAUUUUCUUAUUUGGUUUAGUGUAUUUAAAGUACCCGUUUAAUAUAUGCUUUUAUCAGUCAA